GUGAGCGUGAAAUUACCUGAGAAUGGAUAGGGAAUCAAGUGACGAGGAUUCCAGUGGAAACAGUGAAGACGAAGUCAAAACAUCGGUGGAUGAAGUGACUGACGAAGUGAAGGGCUGUGUCAAUGUCGACUGGCCAGAGUCCGAUUCUAAUGAAGAUGUCAAAGAUGAUGAAUUUCUGUUGGUGCUUGACAAGACGGCCAUGCCCAGCUUCGUUACUUCUUAUCCGACUGAUGAUAAGAAAUCAUGGGACAAGUUUGCUGAGACAGCUGCUGCUUAUGUGUACAAGUCUGUUGGUGAGAGUGUAUCACAACCAUUACGCGUAUGGCUAAGCAAUUCGGCGAGUGCUGCGAUCCUCCACGGACUCCUUGGAGAGUUGACCACGUCGACAGAAGCAGGUCGAGGGCGUGAAGACACACGCUCUCGUGAAGAAGCAACAACUGAAAAUAUGUCAAUUGCGGACGCAUGUCUACAUAAUCGUCAGGAUGGUCAUUGGUGUUAUGGCAGAUGGACGGUGGACAAUGUGGCAACUAGUUUGGAGAUGAAGGAUGUGUUGAACUGUGAGAUGGCGAAUGCAUGUGUCUCAGUGAUGAUCGCCGCCGUGAUCAAUUAUUUUCAGGAGAAUCGCUACAUACCGACCGGAUUGAUGAAGGACAACUAUGCGUCGAGAAUACUUGAAAGUGGUGUGAUGGAAAAGUAUGGUGUGAAAGAUGAAUCCGAUAAGAUGAAGGCGAUGUUGAUCACUGGUCGUUGGGUCUCGAAAUUGAUCGUUUUCCGUAAGGCUACGAAACACCGACAACUUGUGCAUCCGAUCAGACCUGUCAAGCGGAUUGGUUACAAGCAGUCUCUGAGAAAACUCGAUAUCAGCAAACAUUUGUUUGAUGUACCUGCUGGCUUCACAGAUACACGGAUUGCCUACAUGAUUGCUGAUAGGAUGGUCCGAUCUGUGUGCAUCCCCUUCUUCAAGAAAUUCCAUGAACUGAUUGAAUUACGAAAGCAGUACUGUCGAAUAAUUAGUGAUCCAUUCCACUACCACAUACAUGGUGAUUAUUUGACCGGUUCACCAAGGACGACAAUUAUUGACACAUCGAAAAACCUGUUCGGUCGACUCAUCACGUAUCUGAGAGUCUUCGAACCGGAAAGCGAACUACUGCUUUAUUCGCGUGGGUGUGAGAAGCACUACUUGGAUUACAGUGAUCGUUGGGAGGAUAUUCUGCGUGACAUUCACGAUGAGAUAUAUAUGCCGAGUGGAAAGAAUUUGACAGAGGUUCUGAGAGAAGCCGGAAACAUUCCGGACCAAUUCCCACUGAACGGUGAGGAGAUGAAAGCCUGUUGGAAGGAAUAUGGUGUUGGCGAGAAGAUUCAACAAUCGAUCCUCAAAUAUUACUUGACGAGCUCACAGAGCUAACUUUUCAUCAACUAAAGUGUCGACAUCUCUGAUGUCUAUUUCAAGUGUUUGUCGAUCACUACUGUUA